CACGCCGCACACAUUUCCGUUUCCGCCGCUGCCAGGUUCUUCCAGCCGUGGCCGCGUCGUGGUUUGUGUCUCCGCACCAUGUCCGGUGGCCUCCUGAAGGCGCUGCGCAGCGACUCCUACGUGGAGCUCAGCGAGUACCGGGACCAGCACUUCCGGGGUGAUAAUGAAGAACAAGAAAAAUUACUGAAGAAAAGCUGUACAUUAUAUGUUGGAAAUCUUUCCUUUUAUACAACUGAAGAGCAGAUUUAUGAGCUCUUCAGCAAGAGUGGAGAUAUAAAGAAGAUCAUCAUGGGUCUGGACAAGAUGAAGAAAACGGCCUGUGGCUUCUGUUUUGUGGAAUACUAUUCAAGAGCAGACGCGGAGAACGCUAUGCGGUACAUAAACGGAACCCGUCUGGAUGACCGGAUCAUACGCACAGACUGGGAUGCAGGCUUUAAGGAGGGCAGGCAGUAUGGACGUGGACGGUCUGGGGGUCAGGUUCGAGAUGAGUAUCGGGAGGACUACGAUGCUGGGAGAGGCGGCUAUGGCAAGCUGGUACAAAAACAGUGAGUGGUGAGAGCCCCAGUACACAGCUCACUCUGUUGAUGAACAUUACCCAAGGUCUGAUCAGUAUCUCUGUUGCACUGGAAGCCACUUCUGGUUUUCCUCUGAACAUUAAAGACAGAAUCCAAAAGAAUGCCUUUAAUUUUAGUCUUAUUAGGUUGAUUUUUCUGUUACUAGGUCAAACCCGUAAUCCUGGGCAACAGACUCAAUCUGUGCCAAUAAAACUGUCAGCCGGAUACCACACAUCCUUUAGGGAGACUGGAAAAUGUCAGAAUUGACUUUACGAGUAGGUUGGUAAUCUUCAUGGAAAGUGAAAUGAUUUUUUACAUUUUUAAGUUUGCAUGAGUAUUGCUGAGGUUUUGUUAUCGUCUGUAGCUUUGCUCUAAAUUAGGAACAGGUGUCUGUCAACUGGAUUUGCUUUUUAUAUUGAAAAUAUAUAGUUGGCACAAAAGUCAGCCUUAAGUUGUCUUGUUUGCUUCCGUGCUUUAUAUGUCAGAUUUGAAGGUUCACUAAGCACAUUCCGCAAAAGAUACAAAGGUUUCACUGACAGUUUAAAACAAGAAA